AACCCAAAAAAUGCUCGUAUUUACAGCUAGUGCUACAACACCCCCAAAAAACUAAAGUUUGUUAUACAACUUCAGGAAAAAGUCAAGAGGAGAGAAAGAUCAAAAAGCAAUUCAAUUCGCCAUACAGACAUCAAUCCAUCCACCAUCUUCCUCUGAUUCGCCGACUGAUCACUCACACCAGAUGUGUUCCCGCUGAUUUGCCGCCAAACAACGUUGUAGCACGUUUUUUUUUUAUUCUUUUUUCAGAUCUGAGGUCGAUGAGAGGCUUCUGUCGGAAGUGUUGAAGUUUGAUCAUUACAGGCAGAGAGAGAUGCGGUCCUUCCCCUGCUUCACCAUUAUUUGAAGAAGAACAGGGUAAGGUAUGUGUUAUUAUCUGUGAGGGUGAGGAAUUUCCGAAGACAUGGAAAAGGUGGGUGCGCAAGUAGCUGCUCCCAUGUUCAUUCACCAAGCACUUUCUAGUAGAUAUUGUGAUUUGGCUUCCAUGGCAAAAAAACGUGAUCUUUCCUACCAGAUGCCCAAUUUUCAGCUCCAACAACAUCACUUUCUUGAGACUUCUUUAGAAAAAAACUGGAAUUCUAAGGCUUGGGAUUGGGAUAGCGUCGGUUUUGUUGCUAGACCUUCUGAUGCUGCUGAAACUUCACGUCUGGGAACUGCAUCUAGAGAGACUAAGAAGAAAGAUGAGAGUGAUUAUAAGACCAAAUCCAACUCUGCUAAUGAAGAUGAUGGUCUUGGCUUGAAUCUAGGUGGGAGUUUGACUUCUGUUGAGGAGCCUGUAUCAAGACCCAACAAGAGGGUCAGGUCUGGAUCCCCUGCCAAUGGUAGUUAUCCAAUGUGUCAGGUCGAUAAUUGCAAGGAAAAUCUAACUACUGCUAAGGACUAUCAUCGCCGUCAUAAGGUGUGCGAAGUUCAUAGUAAAGCCACGAAAGCCCUGGUGGGAAAGCAAAUGCAGAGAUUUUGUCAGCAGUGCAGCAGGUUUCAUCCUCUUACUGAGUUUGAUGAGGGAAAGAGAAGUUGUAGGCGUAGGCUUGCUGGGCACAACCGACGAAGGAGGAAAACCCAGCCUGAGGAUGUUACAUCACGGCUACUAGUCCCUGGAAACCAGGAUAUAAACAGUAAUGGAAACUUGGAUAUUGUAAACUUAUUGACUGCUUUGGCUCGCUCUCAAGGGAGGGCCGACGAUAAAAGUACCACCUGCACAACAGUACCCGAUAAAGACCAACUUAUUCAGAUUCUUAGCAAAAUAAAUUCACUGCCUUUGCCGAUGGAUCUUGCUGCAAAGUUGUCAAAUAUUGCAAGUUUAAAUGGGAAAAAUCCCGACCAACCUUCAUCAGCGCAUCAAAACAGAUUGCAUGGAACUGCAUCUUCUUCAUCAACCGUGGACUUACUUGCUGUACUUUCAGCCACUUUGGCAGCAUCUGCUCCAGAUGCUCUUGCAAUUUUAUCUCAAAGAAGCAGUCAGAGCAGUGACAGUGACAAGUCUAAGUUGACGGGCCCCAAUCAAGUGACUGGUUCCGAUUUGCAGAAGAGAUCUAAUAUUGAGUUUCCUUCUGUGGGUGGUGAGAGAGUUAGUUACUGCUACGAGUCUCCUGUUGAAGAUUCAGAUUGCCAGAUUCAAGAAUCUCGUCCUAACUUUCCGUUACAGCUGUUUAGCUCGUCGCCUGAGAAUGAUAGCCCUCCAAAACUAGCAUCUUCUAGGAAAUAUUUCUCUUCUGACAGCAGUAAUCCCAUUGAAGAUAGGUCUCCAUCAUCUUCUCCUCCUGUAGCGCAGAAGUUGUUCCCAUUGCAGAGUACUGCAGAAACUAUGAAGUCUGAGAAGAUGUCAAUCAGUAGAGAGGUGAAUGCAAAUGUUGAAGGUAGCAGGAGCCAUGCCUGUGUUUUGCCGCUCGAGCUCUUUAGAGGUUCAAACAGAGAACCUGACCACGGUUCAUUUCAAAAUUUCCCUUAUCAAGGAGGAUAUACGUCUUCUUCUGGGUCUGAUCAUUCACCUUCUAGUCAGAAUUCUGAUUCUCAGGAUCGCACUGGGCGACUAAUUUUUAAACUAUUUGACAAGGAUCCCAGUCAUUUCCCUGGGACAUUGCGCACACAGAUAUACAAUUGGCUUUCUAACAGUCCAUCAGAAAUGGAGAGCUACAUAAGGCCUGGCUGUGUGGUUCUAUCAGUAUAUCUGUCAAUGUCAUCUGCUGCCUGGGAACAACUUGAAAGAAACCUGCUUCAGCAAGUCAAUUCUCUGGUUCAAGAUUCAGAUUCUGAUUUAUGGAGGAGUGGAAGGUUUUUGUUAAAUACAGGCGGGCAGCUAGCAUCACAUAAAGAUGGAAAGAUUCGUUUGUGCAAAUCAUGGAGGACAUGGAGUUCCCCAGAGUUGAUAUCAGUCUCCCCAGUGGCAGUUGUUGGUGGGCAAGAAACCUCUCUUCAGUUGAAGGGAAGAAAUCUGACCAGUCCGGGCACCAAGAUUCAUUGCAUGCACAUGGGAGGAUACACAUUGAAGGAAAUUACGGACUCCACUUCUCCAGGGUCCAUAUACGAUGAGAUAAACAUGGGUGGUUUCAAAAUUCAUGGUCCAUCUCCUAGUAUUUUAGGUCGAUGUUUCAUUGAGGUAGAAAAUGGUUUCAAGGUCAACAGUUUUCCUGUAAUAAUAGCUGAUGCUUCCAUCUGUAAAGAAUUGAGACUCCUUGAAUCAGAGUUUGAUGAAAAGGCUAAAGUAGGUGAUAUUGUGUCAGAAGAACAGGCUCAUGAUUUGGGGCGACCUAGAUCAAGGGAAGAAGUUUUGCAUUUCUUAAAUGAACUUGGAUGGCUAUUCCAAAGGAAGAGGGAGUCUUCAAUUCUUGAGGUUCCAGAUUUUUCACUUAGCCGCUUCAGGUUUUUGCUCAUUUUCUCAGUUGAAAGAGACUAUUGUGUGUUGGUCAAAACAAUUCUGGACAUGCUGGUAGAAAGAAAUAUGUGUAGGGAUGAGCUAUCUAAGGAGUCAUUGGAGAUGCUGUCUGAGGUUCAGCUCUUGAACCGGUCAGUGAAAAGGAGCUGCAGGAAAAUGGUGGACUUGCUUAUUCAUUAUUCUAUUGUCAGCCAUGAUAAUUCCUCCAGAACGUAUAUUUUCCCACCAAAUGUUAGGGGGCCUGGUGGUAUUACACCUUUACAUUUGGUUGCUUGUGCAUCAGGCUCAGAUGGUUUAGUUGAUGCCCUGACAAAUGACCCACAUGAGAUUGGGCUGUCCUGUUGGAAUUCUCUUCUGGAUGCAAAUGGCCAGUCUCCAUAUGCCUAUGCUCUCAUGACAAAAAACCACUCUUAUAACUUAUUGGUGGCUCGUAAACUUGCUGACAAAAUAAAUGCCCAGGUUUCUGUGACAAUUGGAAAUGAGAUAGAACAACCAGCGUUGGAGCAAGAACAUGGGGCAGUUUCACAGUUUCAGCAAGGGCGUAAAUCCUGUGCUAAGUGUGCAAUUGUAGCGGCUAAGUUCCACAAGAGGGUUCCAGGUUCACAGGGCUUGCUUCAGCGUCCCUAUGUUCAUUCAAUGCUAGCUAUUGCUGCUGUCUGUGUUUGUGUCUGCCUGUUCUUCCGAGGUGCCCCAAACAUUGGCUUGGUUGCUCCCUUCAAAUGGGAGAAUUUGGAUUUCGGAACCAUUUAGACAAUUUAUGGUUGUGAGGAUUUAUGGAAAGCAAGUAAAGGAAAUAACAAGGGACAGUGAAAUGCACAAAAUUCAGAUAAUUGUUUCUAAUUAUGCAGUUAUUUCAGUUGAGGAAUUCUGGUAGACGGUAAGACUCCUUGAUAAGGAUAUAUAAGCGGUUCGACAAGAAGAUGCAUUGUUCUCCAGAGAGAUGAGGAAACAAGCUGCUGCUUGGUUACUUGAUUCAGAUACUUAUAUGUUACUCUUGUUACCAUUUGCAAAAGCUGUAAGGUUAUCACAAGUUGUGUGCCCUUUUCUUUGCCAGUUUGUCAUUGACCAAUACGCGAAGUUUUGUGAUGGUGGAAAAUUUUUGGUCCUUAAGAUCUUCAAGAGUACACACUUGCUUAGUCGAGAUGGAAGAUAGCGCAGAAGGCCAAGACUAACUCAGGGAGGGGUAGGGAGAAAAAAAAGAUAGUAGCAAUUAUACCGUCAAUGAAUAUUUAAUUCAGUUAAUUUAAGUGGUGGUUUCUUCUUCUUCCUUGGAACUUUUUUCUUAAUAUAUAUAAUAUUGAAAGAGCUUACUAA